CAGCUUGGCUGCAUUUCUAACAGUAUUCAUCAUGAUCACUCCAGCUUUUGAACUGAGUCAGGAUCCAGACUUCCUUAUAUUAACAAUCAAGGUACCUUAUGCACGAGUUUCAGAAUUUGAAGUCUGUUUUGAAGGGGCGGAGUUCAAAUUUUAUGCUAAACCUUACUUUCUCAGACUGGCUCUUCCUGGAAGAAUUGUAGAAGAUGGCAGAGAAAAAGCAUCAUAUGAUGACAAAGGGAUAUUUACAAUCAAACUUCCCAAGGAGACUCCUGGAGCAUACUUCGAAGGAUUAGACAUGUUGACAGCUCUGUUAGCACCAAAGAAAUCCAGAUCAGCAAAACCUUUAAUCCAAGAGAUAGGUUUGUAUGCUAAUAAUGCUGGAAAUGGCGAGGAGGAGGAAGAAUUUGAUUGGGAAAUUGAACAAAUUCCAUAUGAGGAAAGCAGAGAGGACUGCUUAUGUUCUUCUUGUGGCUAUGGAUUUGGAAAUCAGAAAUCAGGAGUUUUUAGACGUCUUCAGGAAGAACUUAGUGAAGUUAUUGACAUUAAGAAUCCAGAUGCAACCCCCACAGAUGAACGCAGAAAGCAACGGCUGGUGGCGGAAGGGGCCAAAUUUGAUCCUGAUCACUACCUUGCUGACGUUUUUGAAGAUGAAGCUAUUCACCAUCUGCUGAAGUACAAGCCGUGGUGGGUUAAAGCCUGUGCUAAAAAGAUGGAUUCUGAGAAACACAGUCCUCCAGAUGAAUUUAAGCAAACGGCAAUUGUGUCUUUUACAGAGGAAGAGAAAGAGCAGCUUAGAAAAUUCACUAACAGAACAUACUUGCUCGACAAAAGAACCUGUCACCAAGUAUAUCUGAGCUUACUUGAUAUCCUUCUGGCAUAUUGCUAUGAAGUCUAUGCUACUGAAGGUGAAAAGAAUGUUGAAUCGCCUUGGAAUAUCCGAAAACUGAGUGCAACCCUGUGCUGGCUGGAGAGCUUUACUAGUGUUACUGAAGUCCUGGAAUCCUUUGGAAGAAGAGUUUUAUGCUAUCCUCUCUACAGACACUUCAGUUUAGUGACGCGUGCCUUAAAUGAUACUGUCCUGAUACUACAACUAGGCAAAAGUGCAGUUUUGAAGUGUCUUUUAGAUAUUCACAAGAUUUUUCGAGAAAAUGAUCCUGCAUACAUUCUCAAUGAUCUCUACAUCACAGAUUACUGCAUUUGGAUUCAAAAAGCCAAGUCACAGAAAUUGGCAGCCCUUGCCCAACGCGUGCAGAAAGCAGAGCUGAAUAAGGCCAAAUUAGGCUUCGAACUAGACGAGCUGGAAAUGGCAGCACGGCUCGUACGGGAGGAAGAAAAGGAGUUAAAAGCUGCUGGCGUAGACAUUUCCAAGCAGCAGCAGCUGCCACCUCCUCCCUCCAGAAGAGAAAUGAGUGGCUCUGAAGACUCAAGCAGCACUUCAUCAUACGAGACAGAAGGCUCCGAUUCGGAUGAACAAGAGUCCUCAGCCAGUGAAGAUGGGAAAAUAAAUCCUUUACAAAGCACGCCUGGAGAGGAGAGGACAGCCCCACUCAUUGGCUGUAAUGGAUUAAGGCGAGACACAGACACUUUGACGUUAGACGCUAGUAAUGAAAAAUCAAAGGCUGCCUUACGAUCUACAUCUGUUCCUGGGAAACUGAUAGAAGAAUUAGGAAAUCGAAUGCAGGCUGCAGCGAGGCUUACGGAACAACCUGAAGGAUCGCUGCCUGGCAGUGAUGGCAGCGGUUCUUUGCAAGAGACGGGAACGAGCCGCACGGCUGAACCCCCAGGACUUUCACCAGACCGUAAUGGAGACGGAGGUUUCUUGGAGGUGACUCCAAAGCCUAGUCCUCUUCUCGUUCUGGGCGCCGCAGAUGAAGAUGCAACUUCCUAA